AUGCCUUGGUCAUUUGCUCUCCCGCAGGGAGUGUUUACGUCGCCGCUACUGGCGGUCGCAACGCCCAUCAUCGGCGGGACAACCACGGCCCUCCUUGUUAACCGAAACAACACGCAAAGCACAUACCGUGAGCUCCGGCAACCGCCCUUCAGCCCACCGGGCUGGCUCUUCGGACCGGCCUGGACACUCCUGUAUGGACUAAUGGGAUAUGCGUCCCACCAUGCAACCACGACGGCGUCGCGCUCGCUCUCAAUGGCCGUGCAUGACGCCAACGCUAGCGCCCAGACCCUGUACACUACGCAACUCGCGCUGAACUUCCUCUGGAUGCCACUUUUCUUCGGGGUGGGGCGGCCGGCCGCGGCCCUUGGCGAUAUGGCACUCCUGGCGGGCAAUGUGGCCUUGUUGCUCGUCAACUGGUGGAGUGCGGACCGCACGGCGUUCUGGUUAAUGACUCCGUACGCCGCGUGGCUGGGAUACGCUACCUAUCUGAAUGUCGGAGUUGGAUACCUCAAUGGGUGGACACUGCCGGAGAAAAAGCGCUCGGAAUAG